CAACUCGACCAGUCGACUUCCUCGUUUUAUUUUUCUAUUCCUUUCCCUCAACCCCGUUAUUUCGCCGGAACAUUCUCCGUUAACCAUAUAUACAUAUACAUAAUCUUGAUAAAAAUAUCUAUAUCAAUAUCAGAUAAAUCACGCUGGCAACUUCAACUAAUAACAUAUACUUGAAACGUUUAUUUCCACAAACAACCACAACAACACGGCGACCGUUGGACACUAGUAGUUUGUUUAUAAAUCGGCGGCGUGGUAGUUCAAUGGAUAUCAACUUGUUUAAGUUAUGUUCAGGGCUUAAGUUUCUUGGAUACUUAAUGAUCUUUCUUGUUGCCGCAAUUAUUGGUGUUUCGUACUAUGUUGUUGUUGUUCUUACUUUGGGCCCACAACUAUCACAUGGUGGUUUUACAUCUGUUGGUUUUGUUGUCAUAAUUAUCGUCUUUCAUCUACUUCUUGUAUUGUUAACAUGGAGUUAUAUCAUGGUAGUUACGCAUGACCCUGGCUCUGUUCCUGAAAACUGGAAACCCACAUCAGAAGAAAAUCUAGAAGCUGGACCUGAUACUUCAGAUUCUACGUCUAUGGAUGUACUGGAAAGUAGACAAGCUUUAAGCUACUGCCGUAAUUGUCGAAAUGGGAAGCCACCACGCUGCCAUCAUUGCUCUGUUUGUCAAAGAUGUGUAUUGAAGAUGGAUCAUCAUUGUGUAUGGGUGGUGAACUGUGUCGGGGCACGCAACUAUAAAUAUUUUCUUCUGUUCCUGUUGUAUACAUUUCUGGAGACAACAAUGAAUACUAUAGUAUUACUUCCAAGUUUCUUGAAAUUCUUUAAAGAAGCCAAAGGCCGCUCAACCUCACCAAGCGAUCUUGCUCUUACAUUUUUGACAUUCGUGUUAAAUUUGGCUUUUGCACUAAGCCUACUAUGUUUCAUAAUAAUGCAUGCGUCUCUCCUAUCGAGCAAUACUACUUCCGUGGAGGUGUAUGAGAAGAAAGGAGUUGUAAGGUGGAAAUAUGAUUUGGGACGGAAGAAGAAUUUUGAGCAGGUCUUUGGCACAACGAAGGCGCUUUGGUUGCUGCCUGUUUUUGCCAAGGAAGAUUUAGAGAAUAUACCUGCACUACAUGGCUUAAACUUCCCAACAUGUUCGGACGAUGAAGCCCAAUAGUAUUAACUUCCAACCUUGUACCAGCCAACAUGCUUAAAAAAGUUGGCACGUAUAUAAAAUGUCAUUACAAAUGUACGUUAAGUUAUUAGAUCAUUCAUCAUUCCAAUUUCUUCCGAAAGUAGUAUUGACAUUAGUAAAAGUUUUGUAACCAGAUAUAUUCCGCAUUUGUGUAAAUUGUGAUUAAGAACAUAAUGAAAUAGCUUGAAUGUGAAGUUGAGUACCGAAUGUAAA